GUUCUGGAAUAUUAUGUCAAUUCAAUGUUAGAAGAACUGUGGAAAAGUUCAUACAAUUAAAAAAUGUAAAUGGUAAAACCUUGGAUGUGAUUCAUGAUCUGGUGUUUGUGGGGACUUCAUCAGGUUGUAUCUACAUCUACACGACAAGAUCACUCGAUUUCGUCGCCAAGAUUGACCCUCCUGCUGCUGUAGGUGGAAACGAGGUGCUCGCGCACACGAUGGACAUGCGUAACAUGUGGCUUCACACCUUCUUCGCCGACCAUUCGUUGGUAGUUUACGACGUGAUGGAUUAUAAUUCUCCACAAAUCCACACGAUGUCACAGUUUCAUAACAACUGCGUUUGGGAGGUUCAGAUAGUUCCAAUCAAUGACGCAACAAUAGUUAGCGAUUGUUACAUCACAUGUUCAAGUGACGGGACGGUUCGUGCGUUUCAACUCGGCAGCAAAUCAAAUAACCUGUUAAAAUCAUUGCGCUAGAAUCUUCCGCGCUGCAAUAGUUGAAGCUCGUUCGGUUGGAGUGAGAGAAGACGGGAGACAUAUGGCUGCGGGGAUAAAAUGGGGAAUAUACACGUGUAUGACUUGGUAACGUUCGAUCGUGUAUGCAUGAUCCCAACACACGAUGGCGAUAUAUUGUGCAUUGAUUAUUCAACGGACGGGAAGAUUCUCGCUUCAGCUGGUCGUGAUCGGUGCGUUAAUACUUUCGGGGAGGGUUACGCUCCAACGCACACAAUAUCCGACCACUCGGCGGCGGUGACUGCCGCGAAGUUUGCUCAUCAUGAAAAUGAGCUAAUCCUGGUAACUUGUGGGUCGGAUAAGUCCAUCUACUUUUGUUCAAUUACUACAACGCACAACCAUAGCGAGGUCAAUCGUGAACAACAUUGCGUCGAAAAAUAUUCAAUGAACGACAUGGAGGUGCUGGGUGACACAGUGCUGGUGGCUUGCGGUUCAAACCUCAUCGAGUUCGACUUAUCCGGUAAACUCCGUCGCACGAUUCGCCCCAACGAUUCAACCGCGACCAUCCUCCGGGUUGCCGUGGACAACCAGCGGACGAUGGUGGCUGCUGCGAGCUCCGAUAAAAACAUUUAUUUGCUUGGGUAUUUAUCGGGUGAAUGCGCGUGCGUAUUAAGCGGUCACUCAGAGGUUGUUCUCUCCCUUGCAUUCCACCAUACAACCCUAAUAUCGGCAUCUGCUGAUACAUGUACCUUCACAUGGGACAUCACCCACCAUCUACACGAACCACGAACCCAACCCUCCACACCAGGAAGUCCAGAACUUGAUCGUUCGCUUUAUUUCUCUUCCUUCGCUAACGAUGAACCCGACCAAGAUUUCUUUCCAGCGGAUGGCGCUGUUGUAAAUGGAAAGUUUAGCGAAGCUGACGCGCUCCCAAAGUGGGUGACAGGUGAAAGUGGGGAAGAUGGGCCGUUUGGAAGGGAUCCUGGGGUUCGUGGAAAGUGGGGUGAUAGAGUGGACACGAUGUUUGACUUUGGAGGGUUGAUGGAACAAAGUUUGUCGUCGGAAAGCGAAAGUGAACUCGCGUCGGAAUCGUUUGCUGUUCCGUACGAUUUGGAUGAAACUGAAGUCCUCCCGAGCAGUGUUGACCAAAUAAAACCUUGUUCGUUGGAUUUAACAAUGGGCAACACUAUGACACUAGAGGGCACCAACCCUCUUAUUGUUGAAAGUAUCUGUGAUGUCAUAAAGGGGAGUAUUGUGUUGGGGGAAUCCCCAAUGAAUGAAAAACCUGAUGAUGUCAUAACCUCUGAUGAUGUCAUAAUUAAACAAUCUGGUGAUGUCAUAAUCGUAACAUGUGAUGAAGUCGCAGUCAAAGAAACUGAUGACGUCACAAUCAAUACACCUGAUGACGUCACAAUCAAAACACCUGAUGAUGUCACAAACAAAACACCUGAUGAUGUCACAAUCAAUACACCUGAUGUCACAAUGAAUGGAAUUGACAGUGUUGCCGAUAAAGUUUGUAGCAGUGAUGCGCAACCGAUAAUAUUCGAUGAAGACGUUGAUAUUCGCAUGAUGGUGCACACUGGGGGUGUGGCUGGGGGCGGUGCAGUGGGUGAUGAGUGCGGGGGGUUUGUGGAUGAAAUUAUUUCCGUCGCUACAAAAUCUGUCAAGGAAGAAAUUGCCCAAACUUGUGACCUUUAGUAACCCCAGCAUUGAUGUAACCCCAAGUAACCCCAGCAUUGACGUAACCCCAAGUAACCCCAACAUUGAUGUGACCCCAAGUAACCCAAAUUUUAAUGUCACCUCAAGUAAGCCCAACAUUGAUGUGACCUCAAGUGACCCCAGCAUUGAUGUGACCCCAAGUAACCCCAGCAUUGAUG